AUGGUUGGGAGAUACCCCGAUUACUACCAUGUUCUUAAUCAGAAUCGGGAUCAAUCCCUCGGUUACAGAGAGGCUCACAAUGUGACAAUCGACUGCCGCUAUUUAUCAUCAUCGAGAUGGGGCAUGUUGGGGAAUACCCCGGCAUGGAUCCUCCUUGCGGAGCUCCAAAUCAGCCAGCCCAACGACAUCGAAGUCCAAGAGGCGAAGCUGGAGCUUCGUUUUAGAGGCACUACGAAGCUGAAUACCUCCUGCCUCGACGUUACAAAGCACUAUGGACCCGUAAUUGGGUUCGGCAGACCCGUAUACAAGGACGUUCAGAAAAGGGCGAAAGCAGCACCAGAGGGCGGGGGCGGCGGUAUGUCAGCCAAGCUCGGCGAAUUCGAGAGGGCAACCAGCCAGACCUAUAUGUACCGAUGGCAAGUACAUGGUGAACGAAUUCCAGACGACGAAGACAGACUUUACAGGCGCAUUGCCUGGAGAAUAGCGGAAGCGAAAAUUACAGAACAGAUUGAUCACAGAGCAAUCUGGAAUUUGGGACUUGCCCUUAAGCAUGGCGGUGAGCCAUUUCUGAUAAAUACGAGUAUCUCUAUCCAAUUCAGAGGCUGGCAAAAGAUCUUCUCGACGCAGACCAAAGACGACCUUGAGCCAACCCAAGUUACACCACCUCGAAAGUUUCCAAAGGACAGGUUGGACGAUAUUGUUCACGCUUUGAAUGACGAGUUAACGAUAGAGAAUCUCAAGCGUCCACCUGAGGAGUCGGACGCUUCUGCAAUUCGUCAAGGAGUUCCGUCAGGAGAAUAUCGGGAUCAGCUGGCUGGGGCAUGCGAAAAGUUGAGCACUGUACUUGCAAAUGUGUAG